AUGACCUCUAAGCCCAGCCCCGAAGUUAGUACUACAGGGAAGGGCUGGUGGUCGAUGAGCGGCAUUCAACAGAAGGACCAACGUUUGCGAUGCCCAUCCGGACGACUUGCUGCGGGAUGCAUCAAGAUGGCGCCACCGCCGAAGGGUACCAGUGUACGCCAAGUUGGUCGGGUCACUUUUGCUCUCUUUGGGUGCGCCCUCAUGAAGCAUCACGGGCCGUAUAGCCUACCUCCCUUCGAGCAUGUGCAGUCUUUCGAGAAAGUUUACGAAUUCAUUGGGGAGUAUCGCGACGACGCUGAACAUUUCCGUUCUGCUAUGGAUGAAGCGCUGAAGGAAGCACGCGGGCGUUACCACGGGCCUUUCCGAUAUCGGUAUCGGGAGUAUCCGAGGCCGACGAAGUACCCGCCCUGGUACUUCAAUCAAGCGAUGACGGUCACCUUACCUAUGUCGCUCGAAAUCAAGGAGCCUCUGGGGCCAGAAGGAGUAAUAGUCGCUCACGAAGUCUACGAAGCACGCCCCGACCUUCGGGAGCAGAUGACCGUUCCCGGUCCGACAGAGCCACCGAAGGCUCAUCAGACGCUCGACUUAUUGACGGCGGUGCUCCAACAAUCGCCGGCGCAACCUGGUGGAUGA